AAGAUUCAAGACUUAAGAAAGUGGUGACAUACAGGCGACAGAUGGAAUUUACGUGGAUCGUGAAGAGUAUUCGUUAUAAAAUGUGUUGGAGAUUUGUGUUGUGAUUACAAAAACGAAUGCCAAGACUCGAGAUAAGGAGGAUAUAUUUUGAUGACCGAGUCAUACUAGUAGGUGUACUGUGAUGAACAAAAGUAAACCGACAUAAAGAAAACGAAAUGAAAUAUAUGGUUAAAUGACAUUUGUGAUUCACGUUAUUCGUGUUUGUCACGUGUCCUCCACGCGUGUUUUACAGCUGGCGCGGCCAUUUUGAAGAUUGUUUGCUAAAUAUUUGAACUGUCAUUUAUGAAGUCGUUUUAAAGUUGUAUUGUCUUUUAACUUACGAUGUGAGAGGCCGGAAUUGUUUAAGAAACUAAAGAAGGGAAUUGAAAAAAUAAAUAGCUUGCUUGGGAACAUUCUUAGCGCGACUGAAAUGCAACUUUGCGCCAUUGCACAAUAUGACUUUCAAUGAAAAUUGUUUAAAGUUUUUGCGUGCAAAACAUUUGUUAUUUUGAAGCUAAAAUAUGCAAGCAAGCAAAGGAAAUCAAGACAAUUUCUAAUCGAAGAGGAAAUAUUCACAACCGCUGAAUUUUCGGAAAUAUUCUGUUAAUUUGAAAAUGUCUGGCGAUUCGGACACGUCCGUCCAAGUGGCGUUGAGGAUACGUCCUCAAAGCGCUUCUGAAAAGAUUGAAAUGUGCCGAGUUUGUACAAAUGUAACACCGAAUCAUCCUCAAGUUGUAUUAGGAAAAGACAAAGCUUUUACAUACGAUUCAGUCUUUGAUGUUCAUGCUAAACAAUUUGAAAUUUAUCGAGAUUGUAUUGAAGGCUUAAUAGAAGGAUGUUUUGAUGGUUAUAAUGCGACAGUAUUGGCAUAUGGUCAGACUGGUGCUGGUAAAACAUACACAAUGGGAACUGGUUUUGAUGUGAACAUCAGUAAAGAGGAUGAAGGAAUUGUUCCAAGAGCGGUUAGCCAUCUCUUUGAUGGCAUUGAUAAACGCCAAGAAGAUGCAAAACAAAAUAGUGAACCACCUCCAAAUUUUAAAGUAACUGUCCAGUUUAUGGAGCUUUACAAUGAAGAACUUAUUGAUCUUUUUGAUAAUGAAAAUAGGGGAAUGUCUGGUAAACACAUAAAGAUUCAUGAAGACUCAAAUGGUGGUAUUUAUACUGUGGGUGUUACUAUGAAACAAGUCACAUCAGCUAAAGAGACAUUGAAUAGUCUGCAACAAGGUGCUUUAUCAAGGACAACAGCCAGUACAAACAUGAAUGCUCAGUCAUCAAGAUCACAUGCAAUAUUUACACUCCAUAUUACACAGCAACGUGUUGUGAAACUUAGCAAUGAUGAAUCAUUAAAUAAUGGUAACCAAGGACAGGGUUUCGAAUAUGAAAUGCUGACAGCAAAAUUCAACUUUGUUGAUCUUGCUGGCUCAGAGCGUCUCAAGAGAACUGGGGCAACUGGUGAUCGUGCUAAGGAAGGGAUUUCAAUUAAUUGUGGCUUGUUAGCAUUAGGAAAUGUGAUCAGUGCUUUAGGAGAUAAAGCAAAACGUGGUUCACAUGUUCCAUACAGAGAUUCAAAGCUUACACGAUUGCUUCAGGAUUCUCUUGGUGGUAAUAGUCAAACUCUUAUGAUUGCAUGCGUCAGUCCAUCGGAUCGAGAUUUUAUGGAGACAUUAAACACUUUAAAAUAUGCUAACAGGGCAAGAAACAUCAAGAAUAAGGUGGUUGUCAAUCAAGAUAAAGCUAGUAAACAAAUUGCAACGUUGCGAGCUGAAAUUCAAGCUUUAACAAUGGAGUUAAACGAGUACAAACAGGGAAAGAGAAUUGCUGGUGAAGGUGAAACACAUAUCAAUGAUAUGUAUCAUGAAAAUACCAUGUUACAAACUGAGAAUGAUAAAUUACACAUGCGUAUAAAGGCAUUAAAUCAUACAGUUGAGGAGCAAAAGAAACGAAUCACAGAGUACAUGGCAAACAAAGGUGUUGCAAUGCUUAAUGGAGAUAUGAAGGGUGGUGUGGAGGAAUUGAUUGCUGGAUAUGUUGAGGAAAUUGAAGAAUUGAGAAGUCGUCUACUUGAAAGUGAAGCGUUGGCUUCUGCAGUUGCUCGCCGUUCAGUUACAACAGCCUCUCGUCUUGGUCGACCCAAUUUUCCUGAUCUACCUGAACAGAGUGAGACGAUCCUUGAACUCGCAAAACAAGAUCUUCACUCUCAAAUGCAGAAAGCUAAGGAAUUAAAAAAUAUUUCGUCACAAGAGAAGAACUCGGCUAUUGUUGAUCUUGGCAGCGAUGGUGAAAAAGAGACUGGGGCUGAAAGUCAAUCCGACGACGACGUUGAGAACGAGGAAGAAAUUGACAAGAUCGCGGAAAGUUCUUCAUCUGAAAGUGAAGAUGGUGACGAAGAAAUAGAACGCGGCGAAAGGCAAGAGAAUAAAAACAAAGAGCUUCUUCGUGAAGGUCUUGCCGACUUGUCAACUGAGAUCAGCAUUAAGCAAAAACUUAUUGAAGAACUUGAGAGCAGUCAGAAAAGAUUGAACCGCAUGAAGAUGCAUUAUGAAGAAAAACUAAGCUUGCUUGAACGCAAGAUUAAAGAAACUGAGAACGAGCGUGAUAGGGUCCUCGAGACGAUACAUGAACAUGAUAAGGAAGCCGAACAGAGGAGUGCAAAAGUAAAAACAGAUUAUGAAAAGAAGAUUAAUAAUUUCAAGGAUGAAUUGAAGAAAUUACAGUCUGCCAAGAAAGAACAUAACAGACUCAUGAGAACUAAGACGCAAAAUGAAACACAACUAAGAAAUUUGGCGCGAGAUCUGGACGAACUGAAAAAAACCAAAGUGAAAUUGAUACGACAAAUGAAGGAGGAAGUAGCAAAGGGCAAGAAACGUGAAGCAGAACGUGAACGACAAAUAUCACAACUUAAAAAAGAAAGUCGAAAACGAGAAAUCCAAAUCAAAAACAUGGAGUCAGAAAAAAAACAACGAGAACUUGUGUUGAAACGAAAACAGGAAGAGGUGAAACAAUUACGCCAGCAACAUAAACCAAUUUCUGGCAAACUUGGCAAGCAACGAAAAUUGAAUCCUGUUUCAUCCGUCCCUGAGAUCUCACUCUCAUCAACCGCUACUAUGGUCGUCUCUGGAACUGGUGUUGAAGUCCAGCACGUAGAUAGAUCAGAGCGUGUUAAUGGUGUUGCAAGAAACACACGUGUAGCAGGUGUAUUCACGAACUCGCGAGGCCCAGUGAUAACGACGCAAAGUCCACGAAAAAGGCUGUCUUCUACCCAGAUCAAAAAGACUUGGGAAACAAUUGAGAAAAAGAUUGAAAGAAUUGUGGUGCACAGUCAAACUGUUUCUUCAAUGGAGAGUGAUAUGGAUCGUUGGAUAAAAGAUAGAGAUGAAUUGAGUAAAAAGAUCGAAAAUUGUAACACUAUGUUACUUGAAGCAAACACUGGAAAUGACGAAAAUGUAACAAAAGAUCUCAAUGAACAACUGGAUGCACUCAAGGCAAAUCUUGAAUAUAUUCAAGACAACAUUACCGAAGCACAAACGGAAAUUGCCGAUCUCGAGGAUGACGGUGAAACCACUGAUAUUACUGAAAUAAUCACAAAAUGUUCAGCUCAUGAAGCACGUCUACUUAUGGAACAUUUCUUGAGCAAAACUAUUGAAUUGAGUCGUGAGACUGUAUCUAAAGAUGUCACAAUUAAAGAAGUAGAAGCAAAAUUAGAAGCAUUACGUCAGCAUAAUGAUCUUCAACAAGAUCUUUUAUUAAAUUUACUUCGUACUCCAAGUUCAGAUGACGUAUCAAACAAUACAAAAGAUCAUAAAGUUUCAGAGGAGACUGUUGAUGAACAGGAAAUGACUAACUUUGUUACUCAAGGCAGUACUUCUUUUAUGAGCAAAUCUGAAUUUAUUGCAUUCAUGAAAGAUGACAUUAAUCCAUACGGGAACAAAGGAAAUUCUAACAAGUCGUUAAAAGAAAAGUCACGACGUCGGAGUUCAACACAAAAGGAACUCUUACGUGCCCCAAGACUUGAGAAACAUGAGUCCAAACUACCUGUAUUUUCUGACAUCAUAGAAGAUGACGAAACCAGUGCUCAGCCUAUAACGAAAGACGCUGUCAAUCCCUUUGAUCUUAAACAUGAACUUUUACAAUUAGAGAAAACUAGAAAAUCUAAAGAAUCACCCGAUGGCAACUUAAUGGCCCCUCCUUCAUUGGAUGUACCUACAGUAACCACAAGUGUCCCGCAAGAUCGUCCCCAGUCUGUCACCAGCUCGUUCUCAACCUCCUUCAUACGAGGCACUUUUAAAUCAAGGUCAGCACGAAACUUUCUACGGCCAAAGGCUCCUCUCUCUAGUGCUAGUAUGACGACAUCUACCGAGUCUCGAUCCCAACCCACCUCUCCAACGCUUCAGCGCAGGUCAUUUGAAGAUAAAGGAAAGAUGAGCAAUGGACAAGGAAAAAGACGAUUUGGAAUAUCGUUAUUCAGACGUGGUUCAAGAAAUGAUGCAGAAAAUGUUUUCUCAAGAUUAACUAGUACGCUACCACAAGAUGCCAAUCCAAACACAGGGCGUAUGUUACCUGUAAAACCACCCACAGGAAGACCAGGCACCAUGGUCUGUGUUUACGCUUCUACUGGACACAAUUCAGCCGUACUCUGUGUAUGUGUCAGUGAAACUAUGAUGUUUACGGGAUCCAAAGAUCGUACUGUCAAGAUUUGGGAUCUUAAAACAGGAGAAGAAACAAUGUCUUUAGCACAACAUAAACGCGAUGUAACCUCAAUAAAGUAUUGCUAUGAGACCAGACGCUUGUUUAGCGUUUCUCAGAAUAUUAUUAAGAUAUGGGACAUUCGAUUGCCUCCUGCCAAAUGUAUAAAAAGCAUAAUGUGUGGUAUGAUGUCAAAUGAUUCCACUAUAAAUGAUCUAACAGUUGAUCAUUCUGGUCGUCUUGCUUUUGCUGCUAAUGGUAACAAUGUAAAAAUAUGGGAUCUUAAAAAUUAUCAAAUGAUUGGGAAGUUGGGCGGACACACUGGACAUGUUAUGUCUUUACUUUUACUGGGGAAAAAAGAACCAUUCUUGAUGUUGACUGGAUCUAGAGAUCAUUACAUUAAGAUGUUUGAACUUCGUGGCUCGUUGUCUGGAACUCAGAAUCCAAUACAGACAUUUGAACCACCUCACUAUGAUGGCGUCCAGUCCCUUGCUCUAGAGGGAAAUAAUUUGUUCAGUGGAUCACGUGACAACAGCAUCAAGAAAUGGGACUUUUCCUCACAACGAGUUCAACAAAAUCGCAUAUCCGCUCACAAGGACUGGGUUUGUUCUCUAGACUUUUUGCGUUCGCACAAUGUUUUGGUCAGCGGUUGCCGUGGUGGUAUACUAAAGUUGUGGGAGCCUGAAACCUGUCAGGAAAUUGGUGAAAUUAAAGCACAUCGGCAUCCCAUCAAUGCUAUUGCUACAAAUUCAUCUUUCUUGUUUACUGCAUCAAGUGAUCGUCUUGUUCGUGUUUGGAAACCUACAGAUGUUUUGGACGAACAGUUAAAGGGAAUAUAUCAUGUUUAAAGAUAAGUAGAAAUAUUUUGUAAAUGACUAAAAUAUUUAUUUUAUGUAUAUCGUAACUAUAUAAUUUGUAUAGAAUGGCCAAUAUACUAUUCGAUAUCGCUCUUGUUUUUCUAUACACUCCCCUGACAAUAAUGUACAUAAAACACAUGCAUUUAUCUACUUAUUAAUUUAUCUUUAUCAGCCGAAACGAAUAAUUUAUAUUGAUUUAUAAAAUUUAUUUAUAACACAAGAAUAUUUCAAAGUUGUAUCAAUAAAUUUAUGUGCAAAUUUUUGACAUA